AUGACAUUAAAAUUCAAAGGUAAACAAUUAACUUUUAAAGAUACUUAUGCUUUAAUUUCUACAUCAUUGGCAUCUUUUCCAAAGAUGUUUGGUUUAUCUAAUAUUCAAAAAGAAAUUUAUCCAUAUAACCAUUUCAAUAAAGUUAAUAUUAAUAAUAUUGGUACUAUAUUAGAAGCUGAUUUAUAUGAAACUAAACAAUGGACUGAAGAACAAUUUGAAAUAUUUAAUGAAAAUAUUGAUAAAAUUGAGAAUUGUAGAAUUGAUGAAUUUCAUUUUGAUAUGAAAGCUUAUUGUGUUUUCUACUGUAAUCAAGACGUUAGAAUCUUAAAACAGGGUCAUUCUAAAUUUAGAUAUAUGUGUUUAGAAUAUUUAAAUAUUAAUGUUGAUAAAGUAAUUUCAGCAGCUAGUCUAGCUAAUACUUACUUUAAGCAUAACGUUUAUUCGAAAAUAGAUAAUUUAAAGAAUAUGGAGGAAAAGUUAGAGAAUUUAUUCAAGGAGCUAUUUAUGGAGGAAGAU